AUGGAAACCCUGCCAAUAUUGCACGCUGUCUUGGUAGUUUCCUUGAUGCACGCUGGCUGCGUGAAGAUCGAUAAUCGCGGCGCACUCAUGGGAGAACAUCGUAAAGUCUUCGCAGGUUCAUAUUCCGACUUAAGUCUCCAGUCGUAUCCAAGGUCCCCGCUGUACAUGAUGCAGUUAUACAGAGACUUCAGCGGUACGAUGGCAACUACUCCAGCCAGUGUCGACAACCCAACUCUUCAUCAGUCUGACUUCGUCCUAAGCCUGAUUGCACAAGACUGUCAUCAAAUUGGUGAGCGAUGGUCCGUCACUUUCGACAUGUCUUCCCUCUCAGCGAGAGACAGCAUUCAACUUUCAGAGCUCCGCAUCCGGCUGCCAGCGUUUUCUGCAUCCAGACGCGUUAUUGUGGACAUCUUCCACUUACAGACACAGGAUUGUGAGUCUGACUCUGUGUUUUGUCACCAUAAGCGACUUUUUAUAGGCAGCAUCAAGUCGGUGCCCGGCACUUCAACAUCGUCCUGGAGAGUUUUCAAUGUCACGGAGUUACUCGAGCACUGGUUGAAUCAGAGAACCGAGGCACCUGAACAGAUCCCGACACCUGAUGCCGGAGAGGACACCGGAAGCGGGGAAGACUUACCUGAACCUGUUACAAAUAGCUGGAGAAGAAAAAUCCAGCAUCCCACAGCAGAACGAGUUAUGAUUGUAGUUUUCUACAAAAACAAACUUUCCCACAGUGGCCAGCAGCGUGCCUCCAGCUUGAUCAAUACAGUGGCGCACUCCAAAUAUGUCGUCUUGAACCGGGCACCAGACGCAGCUCAAGCUCGUCGCCACAAAAGGAACCGGGUCGAAAGGAUGCGCACUACGGAUGAUAGAAACGCGACGGGAAUAAUAUCGCCUCUAGAGCAACAACAAGGAUCACUUUGUCGUCGAGUUGAUAUGUGGGUGGAUUUUGAUCAGAUUGGAUGGGAUGAAUGGAUCGUGCACCCUAAGCGUUAUAAUGCUUACCGCUGCGAAGGAGAAUGUCCAAGUCCAUUGGAUGAGUCUUUCAACCCAACAAACCAUGCUUAUAUGCAGAGUUUGUUGAAGCUUUACCAUCCGGAGCGCGUUACCUGUCCGUCAUGCGUCCCGACGCGCCUCAGCUCGCUCUCCAUGCUGUACUAUGAAGGCGACGGUGUGGUCAUGCGCCAUCACGAGGACAUGAUCGUGGAGGAGUGCGGUUGUCAAUGA